AUGCCAUCUGUAUUUGGUAUAAAUAAUCUUAAAUUUACAAUAAAAAAUGAUAUUAUGAUUGAAAAUGAAUGUGAUUAUAUUAAUGUCAUAAAACGAGAAAUAGACGAUAGAUUAGUUGGAAAAUCAUCAGGAAAACGUGCUAUUUUAGUAUUUUUUGAAUCAAAUCGAAAAUUAAAAGAAUUUUAUGAUUCAACAGCAUUAGGUUCAUUAAAAGAAUUAACUGUUUAUUUAACAGAAGAAGCAUCAUUAGAUGAAAAAGAAAUUUUAAUUAAACGAGCAACAACAUCAGAUCAAAUAACAUUAUUUACGAGAACAUUUGGUAGAGGAACAGAUUUUAAAUGUGAUGAUCAAAUUAUUGCUACAAAUGGUGGUACUCAUGUUAUUCAAACAUUUCUUUCAGAAGAAGUACAAAUAAAAGGUAGAACAGCAAGACAAGGUGAUCAUAGAUCUUAUAGUAUGAUUCUACUUGAUCGUGAUCUUGAAAAAUUUCAUACAGAAAAAGUUGAUAUUGAAGAUGUUAAAAAAGAAGGUUUCUAUAUUUCACGAACCGUUUGUCUUAUGGACGCAACAGGUUCAAUGUACUAUUUAUUACAUAAGUGUAAAAAUACAGUAGAUAUUAUGUUUGAACGAGCUUCAGAAAUUUUGAAAGAACAAAACAUUAAAUCAGAUUUAUUUCAACUUCAAUUUGUUGUAUAUCGAAAUUAUAAUAGUAAAGAAGAUAAAAUUUUGCAAAGUUCUCCUUGGAAAACUAAACCAGAUAAUUUACGUGCUUUUAUGAAUACAAUUGAAGUUGAAGGAGGUGAUGCUCCUCCAAAUACAAAAGACGAAAAUUCCAGUACAUGCUUUUUUGUUGAACAACAAGCCGAAAUAAUUUUUAAACAAAUUGCCAAACAAACAGGUGGACGUUGUGAAAUGUUAGACAUAAAUUCUUCAUCAGGUUCACAAAUGUUAACAGAUCUAGUAACUGAAGAAAUUCUUAGAAAUAUUGGAGGAUCUACAAAAGGUAAUGCUCUUGUUGAAGCAUACGGGAAAAGAUUUCAUAAAGCUGAAUGCCAUGCGACUCCAGAAAUUUCAAAAUGUCCACCAUACGAACCGAAAGUUGAAAAAUGUUCACUAUUCGGGCCUGAAGUUUCAAAUUGUCCACCAUACGUGCCUGAAGUUUCAAAAUGUCCACCACAUACAUAA